CCUUAUUGAUAAAUUUUUAAAUAAUUUGAAAAUGACCAAGUAUAGAGCUCUUUUUUUAUAAUUAAACUUUACCGCAUUUCACGCGCAUGCGUUAAAAAAAACCCGCCUGGUCCAACACACUGUUUUCGAUCUUUGUCUCCGAUCCGCUGCAGUUUCAGUCUUCAGUCAUCGCGUGGCAGUUGCGCGUGUCGUUUAAUUUAUCGUUAGUACAGCUUGUGCGUAUCGCACUAAUUCCCUUAUCAAGAUAUAUCGCAUCCGCCGAGAGGCCAGAACCAAAAAAGAACGAGGUGGAAUCGGUCAUUGAAAUUUUUCGAUCGCCAACCGCAGCGGACAAAUGACGUUGUCACGUCGUGGUGAGGUCCGCCACGUACGUGAGGAGAGGUGAGAAGUCGAGGUUAAGUCCUUGGGAGGCCGGCUCGCGACAUGAUUCUCUCGCGAAGAUGAGACGAAACGUGAUCAGCCUAAUCAAAUUCCUUCUCCUGGCGGUGCUCACGGUCUUCCUGACCAUCGUAGUGUUUCGUUACAUGCGAUCGCCGCCUAACCGUCAGAUUUCGACGCCGCUUGACGUAUUGGCAGCGGUCGCCAUCGAUGCGAGGAACGGUCGAGGAAACGACGAACAUCUGGAUCAGGAUGACAAAAUCGAUUGGCAUGACUAUGAGAAAAUUAAGGAGGAGGAGAAGCGAACUGGAAUGGGAGAACAUGGAAGACCAGCCUUUCUUUCACCAUCCCUUGAUGCACGGAAGGAAAAAUUGUAUCAAGUAAAUGGAUUCAAUGCUGCUCUCAGUGAUGAGAUUUCAAUGAAUCGUUCAGUGCCUGAUAUCCGCCAUCCAGAUUGUAAGAAGAAGAAAUAUUUGAAAAAUCUAGAUCCAGUCUCUGUAAUAGUAUCUUUUCACAACGAGCACUUCAGCACAUUAAUGCGAACUUGUUGGAGCGUGAUUAAUCGCUCGCCGCCCUCUCUUCUGGAGGAAAUUAUAUUAGUUGAUGAUGCCAGCACAAAAGCGGAAUUGAAGAAGAAAUUAGACGACUAUAUUGCACAGCACUUGCCAAAAGUGUCGAUUGUACGAUUAGCAAAACGUUCGGGAUUAAUUAGAGGCCGAUUAGCGGGCGCUAAGGCGGCUAGAGCAAAGGUUCUCGUAUUUCUGGACUCGCACAGCGAAGCUAACGUCAAUUGGCUGCCACCAUUGUUAGAGCCCAUCGCACAGAAUUACAAAACUUGCGUUUGUCCGUUCAUUGACGUAAUAGCUUAUGAGACUUUCGAAUAUAGGGCGCAAGACGAAGGUGCCCGGGGGGCAUUCGAUUGGGAGUUGUAUUACAAACGACUUCCGCUGCUUCCGGAAGACUUGAAGAGACCCGCGGAACCAUUCAAGAGCCCCAUAAUGGCGGGAGGUCUGUUCGCCAUUAGUGCCAAGUUUUUUUGGGAGUUGGGCGGUUACGACCCGGGUUUGGAUAUAUGGGGCGGCGAGCAGUACGAACUAUCCUUCAAGAUCUGGCAGUGCGGCGGACAAAUGUAUGACGCGCCGUGCUCUAGGGUCGGCCACAUUUACCGCAAGUUUCCACCGUUUCCUAAUCCCGGUCGUGGCGAUUUUCUAGGAAAGAAUUACAAGAGGGUCGCCGAGGUAUGGAUGGACGAAUACGCCGAGUACAUCUACAAAAGGCGGCCGCAUUUGCGAGCGCUGGAUCCGGGAGAUUUAGCGGAGCAGAAGGCUCUACGCGCGAGAUUACACUGUAAACCGUUCAACUGGUUCAUCGAGAAAAUAGCCUUUGAUCUCGUGGAGGUUUACCCACCCAUCGAGCCGGACGACUUCGCCUAUGGUGAGAUUAGAAACAUGGGUGCGACCGAGUUAUGUUUAGAUUCGAAAAAACGAAAGAGAGACGAGUUUGUCGUGGUGGAUACUUGCAUGAAAGACGAUCCGAAAGUGUCGGGUGAGCAAGAAUUUCGACUAACAUGGCACAAGGAUAUCAGACCAAAGGAUCGCACAGAUUGCUUGGAUGUAUCCAGAGGUGAGGAGAAAGCGCCUGUGAGCUUGUAUCCUUGCCACGGGAAACAGGGUAAUCAAUUGUGGCACUACGACAUUGAAAAGCAGUGGUUGCAGCAUGGUUAUUCAUCCAGGUGCCUGGACACAGAUCCGGGCAGCAAAAGAGUAUUCGUGACUGCGUGCGAUAAAUCGUCGCCCACUCAAAAGUGGCGGAUAGAACAGGUUAACAUGAAGGCCAUUAAUAAUUGGGAGAACAUAGGACCCAAGCUCAAAUGAAUUCUCUUUUAUUUUGUACUGCCAUUUUCUUAGACAGGUAGGCUGGAUUGCUAUUCGUACAGAAAGGAACGAUCCCUUUACUAUUCCUGGUUACUAGUCAUCACAAAUUUCUAUUUGAACAUAUUGCGCCUGUAUGGCGAUCAACGGAAAUCAUCGCGCGAUCAGAAUAAUUUUGCACGUAGUGUAAAGCGAGAUUUUCGUUCUUUUAAAUAUUUAAACUGGAUAGCAAGCGUCUUCAUAUUGGUGGAUGUGUCUAUACAUAUCGCACAAGCGCUCUAUCGUGCCUUACAUAGCCAUAUGCAGAAAUACAGUACGCAUCAUAAUAAUCAUAAUAUUUAGAGUUUGACUUAAAAAAAAUUCGCUCAAAUUAAAAAAUAUUACUGUUAGUAUUUCCUUUAAAAAAAAUGUUGCUUAUUAUAAGCAAGACUGAUAUAUUUCGUUUAUAUUAUAAUGUAAGUUAUUGAAGCAGAGUUAACAAAGUUUUAGAUAGUCUACUGGGAGAAGCCGGAGAUUUAUGUAGAAUGAGUUACAUAAAUUAUUUUCACAUUAUUUUCUCGGAAAUUAGGAAAGAUAACAAAACUUUUCUUUUUGUAUUUGUUAGAAUAUUGCAUUUGUCUAAAAACUUUAUGUAUAUGAUAUAUAGAAUACAACGAGAUUUCUAAGGAGAGCAAAAAAGGUAAGCCUUCCUUUUCGUUAAAUGUUUUUAAAUUUUUUUUUUAAUUAAUAAGAGGGGAAGGAGGAGGAAUGAAAGGCAAUAACAAUCUAUAUAUCACACAAAAGAUUCCAUUUUUUAUAAAUCCUAUUCUAAAUUAUAAAUCCUAAAACUUUAAAGAGAGAAAUUCUUUUUGUUAUCUGGAGUAGUUUUCGAAAAAUAGUUUGUAAUAAUAUUUCAUGUAACUCACCAGAUAAUAAUCGUAUAAUUUUUUCCAUCAUACUCUACAU